GCAUCCAUUCGUUCCUCAUUUAAGCCCCUCCUCAUAUCCUUCUCCCAUUGUUUCUUUGUUUUCGCGUCCCAAAACUUCCUCACCUGAAAAAGAGAAGAGACGAGGAUGGAGGGGAAGAAGAUGGUGGCAGCAGGAGAGGAAUUGGAGAAGACCCAGAAGCUGGACUUCAGUGGGCUGUCCUUGGACACCCUCCCCAACCCUCGUGUCAACCUGGCUUCCAUCACCAAGCUUGACCUCUCCAACAACAAUCUCGAGAGUAUCCCUGAGUCGCUGACGGCAAGGCUACUGAAUUUGGUGGUGCUUGAUGUGCACUCCAACCAGCUGAAGGUCCUACCGAACUCCAUCGGGUGUCUCUCCAAGCUUCAGGUCCUCAAUAUCUCUGGCAACCUUAUCGAGUCGCUCCCCAAGACCAUCGAGGACUGCCGGGCUCUAGAGGAGCUGAUAGCCAACUUCAACAAGCUGACCAAACUCCCAGACACCAUCGGCUUCGAGCUGACCAACCUCAAGAAGCUUGCCGUCAACUCCAACAAGCUUGCCUUCCUUCCCUACUCGACGUCCCACAUGACCUCCCUCCGAGUCCUUGAUGCACGCCUUAAUUGCCUUCGCUCCCUUCCCGAUGGCCUUGAGAACCUCAUCCGCCUGGAGGUCCUAAACGUGAGUCAGAACUUCCACUACCUCGAGUCCCUACCUUACUCCAUUGGCCUCCUCGUCUCCCUAGUUGAGCUCGACAUCAGCUACAACAAGAUCGCCAUUCUGCCUGACUCCGUGGGAUGCCUCACCAAGCUUCGUAAACUCCAUGCCGAAGGCAACCCUCUCGUGUGCCCCCCCAUGGAUGUUGUGGAGCAGAGCGUGGAGGCUGUACGAGAAUACCUUAGUGCAAGGAUGAAUGGAAGUGCAAUAAGCCCCAAUUCAAUGAGGAAGAAGUCAUGGAUAGGGAAGCUGGUGAAAUGGGGGACGUUCAGUGGUGCGAUGACACCGAGCAAUGUGAGGAUGAGAUGUGAGAAUGAUGGGCUCUUGCAGUCAGAUUACCGUUCAAUUGAUGGCCUUGCAACCCCAAGAUACAUGGGAAGGUUCUCUCCUCGCCGACUCUUCUCUCCACGAAGGUAGAAGCACUUUGCAUCCAGCCUGCAUAAAGUUGAGUAGCUUCGACUUUCUGGUUGUGGGAAUCGAAAUCUGAGGUCUAUAGUGAAAGAAUUCGAUUAAGGGUGUUAUUAUACUGGAAUUGUAGCGAAAGGGGCUGCUGAUAGGACUGCUCCUGCGGUAAGCAUGUUAGUCCGUAGAAUUUUUUAUACCAGAGACUGUAAGAUAACUGUUACAUGGACACCCUGGUCUGUCGUUGGACAACUUUGACAUAGAACUGAAAACUAGGGCAUUAUUAUGUAAACAAAAGCAUGAACAACAGAAAGUGUGUAAAUUUGUUCAGAUCCAUAUAUGAUGUUUAACCUCAGAAAA